AUGUCUGACUCGAAGGGUCUCGAAACCAGCAGGGGUGGUAUUCUGCGAAAGCAGAAUUCUGCCCCUUCAGGUUCUCGGGUAACCUUCGCCCGUCCGCGGGCUGAACCGGAUGUGGAAUUGAGCCAUUCAGUUGGUAGAUGGACUGAGAGCAUGUCUACUAGACCAGCGCAGGGGCCAAAAGGCUGGUAUGUACGAGAUACAUACCGGGAGUUGGCCUACGCUCCACCCUCAUAUUAUCCCAAAAUGUUUAUCCUUCUGGGGAAAGCAGAUGAGGAUGAGGGGGUCCCUGCAGGUGUUAGACAGAAAAAGCUUACAUCAACUGAGAGGCUCAGGAUGACCAUGACUAAAAUGGAAGCCACACGAAGGGCCCGUUUAUACUCUGGUCUGGAGGCACAGUUGCUCAUUCCACAGAGGUUGAGAGAUAUGCUUGCCUCUAUAGCUGAUGAACGAGAUAAGAUCACGGGUUCAUCAGCUGAAGGGCUCGUUAGUCUCGUUGAAAGCAGUGGGGAGCGAGAUGAUCAACGGAAGUUGUGCGUCUCUGCCCCCGCAGCUUUCGAAAUGUUGGCUGUCCCUCCGGGGAUAGUUAAUGAUGAUGAGUUGGUCCCUGCAGCUGGUAGACAGACUGACAUGUCUACACCAGCUCAGGGGAAAGAAGUAACAAGCUGCGGUGAACGAGAUUCACAACGGAGGUUGUGCGUCUCUGCACCCGCAGUUUGCGAAACAAGGUUUGUCCUUCCCGGGGCAAUUGACGAUGAAGAGUGGGUCCCUGCAGUUGUGUCUACACCUGCAGCGGCUUUAGAUGAGGAGGAGAGAAGCUUACCAGAACCAAAACCAAAAAGCCGGAAGAAAAUCCGUGCUUUCUUGCGCAGAGCAUUGCAGGCUAUCAAAAAAGCUUGCUGUUGCUGUGGAAAUGAGGAUAUAGUGGAGCCAUUUUGAUCCUCAGGUGCCCGUAUAGAUGAAGCUGAUGUGUAGAACGGUUCUGGUCUUAAGCAAACGGGUUUUUAAGAACCACCCUAUUGCCGGUCAGGUUCGUCAUUCCUUGGAUAU